AUGAAAUUGUAUAAAGUUAAUCUCCAUGACAACUAUAUCUAUUUAUUAUAUAAAAUAAAACAUAAAUUUUCUUUUAUUCAUAAUAAACAUUUAUUAAAUGUUUGUCUUAGUGAAUUUAUUGGUACAUUUAUAUUAAUUACAAUUGGAUUAAGUAGUAUGAUACAUAAUACAUUAAAAUAUAAUUUAUAUUAUAUUAAUAUAUCAAUUGGUUGGUCAAUUGCAUUAUUAUUAUCACAAAUUAUAACUCAACCAUUAGGUUAUAAUAGUUUAAUGAAUCCAUCGAUUACAUUAUCAUUAGCAUUGAUUAAUAAAUUAUCAUUUCAUUAUGUAAUUCCAUUAACAAUUAUACAAUUAAUUAGUUCAUUAUUAUCAAGUUUAAUGAUAUAUUAUAUAUAUUAUUAUAAUUAUAUUAGUAUCCAUGACAACAUAAAAUUGAUUAUAUUAAAUCAAUUUAUAAUAACACCUAAUGGAUCACAUUUAAUAUGUUUUAUUGAUCGUUUAUUAUUAACUAUCAUGACAACAAUAUUUAUUUUAUUAAUAAGAGAUGAAAGAAAUGAUAAAAUACAAAAAAAUUAUCGAUUAAUUUAUAUAAUUCUAUUUACAUCUGGACGAAUUACAUCCUUAUCAAUGAAUGCUGGUACAUCAAUUAAUCCAAUACGUGAUUUAGGUCCAAGAAUAACAAUUGCAUUAUGUGAAUUAAGUUUGGAUGCAUUCAAAAAAGAUCAUUAUUAUUUUUGGAUUCCAAUUGUAGCACCAUAUAUUGGUUCUAUUAUUGGUGCAAUAUUUUAUGAAUUAUUAAUUGGUGCUUAUUUAAAUAGAAAAACAGUUGAUAAAUUACAAAAUACUAUUGAAAUAUCACAAUCGCGAAUCUUUUCAUCACCAUCAUCAUUAUCAUCAAGUAUGAAUUCAAAUGUAGCAACACUUACCUCGUCAAAUGAUACCAUUAAACGUUUUUAUAAUAAAUGAUUUAACAAUAAAUGGUCUAUUAAGU